UCUAACCUCUCAGCUCAAAUAUGGGACACUUCAAGACACGAGUAUUGAUCAUCUCCUGCUUAUUGUUUACGUGUUAUGAAGCAGAAAAAUUAAAAACCAGAGGUCUGCGCCAGAAGGAUGUUGACUACAUGGAGAAAUAUUCCAGCUGCCUCCAGGGUCCAGCAGGCACCCCGGGAAGGGACGGAAAUCCAGGAGUGAACGGAAUUCCAGGUACUCCCGGUCUACCAGGCCGGGAUGGUGCAAAAGGAGAGAAGGGUGAAUGUGUGACGGAGAGGUUUGAAGAGCCGUGGAAACCCAACUACAAGCAAUGUGCCUGGAACUCUCUCAACUACGGCAUUGACCUGGGCAAAAUUACAGUAAGAGGCCACAAUGAUGAUUACUGA